AUGUACACAGGUAAAAUACUCCAGGUACUACAGAUAAUACUCCAGGUACUCCAGAUAAUACUAACACUCCUCCAGUCCUUGUAGUUCCUGUCUUUACUCCGUCUCAGACGUCUCUCUGGUUUAGUCUGAUAUGAAGCAGCAGGAAUGAGCAGCUGAACUGGUUUGACUGGCUUCACUGGUUUAUUCAGACUGGGGAGGGACACCUGAGGGUAAGGCUGAGCAUUAGGGUGUACUGAGCCAAAGUGUCCACUGGGUGGAGCUGUGGACCUGCAGAACAUUCGAAUACAACAUUCAUCACUUCACGGCCUCGACCCUCAAACCAGGAGAACCUGUUUUCAGGUGCGCCACAGUCAGAGACAGGAGGUCAAAGGUCACAGCUGUACAUAUACUAACGAACUACAGCUGUGUAGUAUUUUUGUGUAUUUGUACUUCAAGUACUGCAGAGACCAAGGGAUGAUUUAGAGACGUGAUCGUUUCUUCAGUUUCAGGAGGAACAUCACGUCUUUGACCUGACCGGAGUCAAGAACUGGUUUGAACUGGUCAGCAGGUGAAGGUGUGGAUGUUCAGUCUUCCUUUAGGUCCUCAGUCUGAACCCAAAAAAUCCAACCAGAGAAAAACUCAGAACAGAAAUGGACAAAAACCUACGGUGGCCGAGAACCGAGAACCGAGAACCGAGAACCGAGAACCGCCACUGCUGCAAAGAAAAAAGAAUGAAGAAAAAAAAAACACAACGGAAGUUAACGACGCAAAAAAACAAACAAACAACAAAAAAACCACAACAGAAGUUAACGACGCAAAAAAACAAACAAACAACAAAAAAACCACAACAGAAGUUAACGACGCAAAAAACAAACAAACAAACAAAAAAACAACACAAAAAACCCCAAAAAGAAACGGUGCAGAAUUUUAAAAAAGCCACAAAGGAAGUUUAGAUGUUUGUGUAGAUUUUUGGAUGUUUGUGUAGUUGUUGCGUAGAUGUUUGUGUAUAUAUUGUGUAGAUGUUUGUGUAGUUGUUGUGUAGAUGUUGUGUAGUUGUUGUGUAGAUGUUUGUGUAUAUAUUGUGUAGAUGUUUGUGUAGAUGUUGUGUAGAUGUUGUGUAGAUUUUUGUGUAGUUGUUGUGUAGAUGUUUGUGUAGAUGUUUGUGUAGAUGUUGUGUAGAUGUUUGUGUAGUUGUUGUGUAGAUGUUGUGUAGUUGUUGUGUAGAUGUUGUGUAGUUGUUGUGUAGAUGUUUGUGUAGAUGUUGUGUAGAUGUUGUGUAGUUGUUGUGUAGAUGUUUGUGUAGAUGUUGUGUAGUUGUUGUGUAGUUGUUGUGUUGUUGCUGUGUAGAUGUCGUGUAGUUGUUGUGUUGUUGUGUAGAUGUUUGUGUAGAUGUUGUGUAGAUGUUUGUGUAGUUGUUGUGUAGAUGUUUGUGUAGAUAUUGUGUAGAUGUUGUGUAGUUGUUUGUGAAGUUGUUGUUUAGAUGUUUGUGUAGAUGUUGUGUAGAUGUUGUGUAGUUGUUGUGUAGACGUUGUGUAGAUGUUGUGUAGAUGUUGUGUAGUUGUUGUGUAGUUGUUGUGUAGAUGUUGUGUAGAUGUUGCGUAGAUGUUUGUGUAGAUGUUGUGUAGAUGUUUGUGUAGUUGUUGUGUAGUUGUUGUGUAGAUGUUGUGUAGAUGUUGUGUAGAUGUUGUGUAGUUGUUGUGUAGUUUUUGUGUUGUUGUUGUGUAGAUGUUUGUGUAGAUGUUGUGUAGUUGUUGUGUAGAUGUUGUGUAGAUGUUUGUGUAGUUGUUGUGUAGUUGUUGUGUAGAUGUUUGUGUAGAUGUUGUGUAGAUGUUUGUGUAGUUGUUGUGUAGAUGUUUGUGUAGAUAUUGUGUAGAUGUUGUGUAGUUGUUUGUGAAGUUGUUGUUUAGAUGUUUGUGUAGAUGUUGUGUAGAUGUUGUGUAGAUGUUGUGUAGAUGUUGUGUAGAUAUUGUGUAGUUGUUGUGUAGUUGUUGUGUAGAUGUUGUGUAGAUGUUGCGUAGAUGUUUGUGUAGAUAUUGUGUAGAUGUUUGUGUAGUUGUUGUGUAGAUGUUUGUGUAGUUGUUGUGUAGUUGUUGUGUAGAUGUUGUGUAGAUGUUGCGUAGAUGUUUGUGUAGAUGUUGUGUAGAUGUUUGUGUAGUUGUUGUGUAGAUGUUUGUGUAGUUGUUGUGUAGUUGUUGUGUAGAUGUUGUGUAGUUGUUGUGUAGAUGUUGUGUAGCUGUUUGUGUAGUUGUUGUGUAGUUGUUGUGUAGAUGUUUGUGUAGAUAUUGUGUAGUUGUUGUGUAGUUGUUGUGUAGAUGUUUGUGUAUAUAUUGUGUAGAUGUUUGUGUAGAUGUUGUGUAGAUGUUGUGUAGAUGUUGUGUAGAUGAUUGUGUAGAUGUUGUGUAGUUGUUGUGUAGAUGUUGUGUAGAUGUUUGUGUAGAUAUUGUGUAGUUGUUGUGUAGUUGUUGUGUAGAUGUUUGUGUAUAUAUUGUGUAGAUGUUUGUGUAGAUGUUGUGUAGAUGUUGUGUAGAUGUUUGUGUAGAUAUUGUGUAGAUGUUGUGUAGUUGUUGUGUAGUUGUUGUGUAGUUGUUGUGUAGAUGUUGUGUAGAUGUUGUGUAGCUGUUUGUGUAGUUGUUGUGUAGAUGUUGUGUAGUUGUUGUGUAGAUAUUGUGUAGAUGUUUGUGUAGAUGUUGUGUAGAUGUUGUGUAGAUAUUGUGUAGAUGUUUGUGUAGAUAUUGUGUAGAUGUUUGUGUAGAUAUUGUGUAGUUGUUGUGUAGUUGUUGUGUAGAUGUUGUGUAGAUGUUUGUGUAGUUGUUGUGUAGAUAUUGUGUAGUUGUUGUGUAGUUGUUGUGUAGCUCUUUUGACUCCAGGAGGUUUCCUCUCCUCAGACUUCGGUGAAGGUCUGUGACUCUUUGGCUUCUCCCGCUCUUAUUUUGAAGGUGACCCACUUCCUGUGGUUCCUGGUUGGUCCAGGUAAAGGUGUGUCGGCUGACUAAAGUUCAGUAUAGAUCUAGAGUUUAUAGAUCCUACAGUAUGAUGUGUGUGUCCUCUUCACUCGGAGUGUGUGUCUUGCUCGUCGAGCGUCUCUCCGUCCUCUGUCGGUAAUCUGGUGAUCCUCCGUGGGCGCCGAGCGUCUCUCCUCCUCCUCGCCGUAAUCUCUCGUGUAAAUGGCGGUCGAGGACGUGGGUAUAUUUGGAGUUUGACUUUGUGCUUCUUCAGACGUGUUUGCAGAAACGUCGGCUGUGAACUCAGAGGAUCACACCUGCUGGGACCGACCGCGGGCCUGAUCAGCUGUUACCACGGCAACAAGCCCCGCAUUCGACCCCGGCAUCCACAACACGCGGGUCAACACGCGGUCAAACACCCGACAUAUGAACCCGUGUCCACCUGCUGAUGUCACGGCGUCUACCUGCUGAUGUCGCCACCUUUAACCUCUGAUGAUGUCACAGAGUCAGGAGGGGAACACCUGAGAUUCAGUCCGCCGCUCACCUGAGGGAGGGAGGGAGGAGAGGGGAGGGAGGGAAGGAGGAGAGAGUAGGAAACAAGGAGAGAGGAGGAGGAGUGACAGGAGGAGGAAACAGAAGGAGAGAGGGAACCAGGGGAGUGAGGAAGGAGGAGGAAGACGGAGGAGGAAGAAGGAGAAGUUUCAUUAACGCAGGAAAUCAUGGUGUCAUCAGCAGGUCAACAUGAGUGAACUGUUCAAAAACGACGACCAUAUAUGGGCGAAAAGGAAGUGAAGAGCUUCAGUGAACGAGACGCUUUAAUUAUUUAUGAAUGAAAUAAACAAACAAGUGAAGGUCCCAAAAACUGACCCUGAGGAACGAAGGGAGAGAAAAAGAGGAGGGAGAGAAAGAGAGGAGGGAGAGAAAGAGAGGAGAGAGAGGAGGGAGAGAAAGAGAGGAGGGAGAGAAAGAGAGGAGGGAGAGAAAGAGAGGAGGGAGAGAAAGAGAGAGGAGGGAGAGAAAGAGAGGAGAGAGAGAAAGAGAGGAGAGAGAGAAAGAGAGAGGAGGGAGAGAAAGAGAGGAGGGAGAGAAAGAGAGAGGAGGGAGAGAAAGAGAGGAGAGAGAGAGAGGGAGAGAAAGAGAGGAGGGAGAGAAAGAGAGGAGGGAGAGAAAGAGAGGAGGGAGAGAAAGAGAGGAGAGAGAGAAAGAGAGGAGGGAGAGAAAGAGAGGAGGGAGAGAAAGAGAGGAGGGAGAGAAAGAGAGGAGAGAGAGAAAGAGAGGAGGGAGAGAAAGAGAGGAGGGAGAGAAAGAGAGGAGAGAGAGAAAGGGAGAGAAAGAGAGGAGAGAGAGAAAGAGAGAGGGAGAGAAAGAGGAGGGAGAGAAAGAGAGGAGAGAGAGAAAGAGAGAGGGAGAGAAAGAGGAGGGAGAGAAAGAGAGGAGAGAGAGAAAGAGAGAGGGAGAGAAAGAGAGGAGGAAAAAGAAAGAGAGGAGAGAGAGAAAGGGAGGAGAGAGAGAAAGAGAGGAGAGAGAGAGAGCAGAAUUAUGAGGAGAGAAGAAGAAGCUUCAGGACAAUAAAAAGAAAAGAGGAACAAUGAGAGAGAGGAGAGGAAAAAAGAGGGGGAGGAGGAGGUGUUAACCAUCAUCAUCAGCUGUCAAUCAUGAUCAGGUUAACACACACACACACACACACACACACACAGACAGACACACACAGACACACACAGGCUGGUCAGCAGAUUAAUAUAAUGACAGGAGAAGGAGACAAAGGGCGAGCGAGCCUGUGAGUGAAUGAAGAGAGAGAGGGAGGAGAUGGUCGUGUGAACUGUGUUUAAUCUGCAGAGUGGGUGGUCCACACACACACACACACACACACACACACACACACACACACACACACACACACACACACACACACAGUAUUGUUAGAUGAGGGUGGGCUGCAGACCAGUUUGUUUGAUCAGACUGAAGUAGCUGCUAUUCAUGUCUCUGUGCAGGAAUGUGUGUGUGUGUGUGUGUGUGUGUGUGUGUGUGUGUGUGUGUGUGUGUGUGUGUGUGUGUGUGUUGUAGCAGCAGCAUGUUGGUGUUCUGCAGGUGUGUGUGGACGUUGUUGUGUGAAGCCCACAGACUGGACUGUGACUCUGACAGUCAGACCUCCUCAUCACAACAUCCUGCUGUCAGGACACACAAACACACACACACACACACACACACACACACACACACACACACACACACACACACACACACACACACACACACCAGAGUCUGACUCUGGACUGCAGACCCGUCCAGAGUCAGUCAGCACAGAACCCAAACCUUCUUUAGAAGAGCUAACAGACGGACAAACAAACAGAUAAAGACGAAUAAAUGAAGAAAAAUCAAUAAAUACAAAUAAAUAAAAACAAACAGACAAAUAUAUAAAUACAAAUAAAGACAAAUAAAUAAAAAAAUACAAAUAAAUAAAAACAAAUAAAGACGAAUAAAUAAAAAUAAACGAAGACAAAUGAAUAAAAAUAAAUAAAUAAAUACAAAUAAAAAAAUACAAAUAAAUAAAAAAAUAUAGACAAAAAAUAAAUACAAAUACAUAAAUAAAUACAGAUAAAGACAAUGAUAUAUACAUAUAUAUAUAUAUAUAUAUAUAUAUCUUUAUAAACAGGUGAGUUUGGUCCAGCCUGUGAACAUGGAUUCAGCUCUACAGUUUUAACAUGGGUCUCUAUGAGGACUGACUCACGUUUGGACUCAGCCUCUAGUGGACAUUUGGGGAACUGCAGUUUUAGGGAACCUGACAUGUGAUACUUUUCCUCUCUAUGGUGCCCUUUAACCUCAGUGAUUUGAAUGUAUCAUAAAAUCAGUCUUAGUAAAUAUUUUUAAUAGAAAUUAAUAAUAAGAAUUUUUUUUAAGUUCCUAAAAGUUUGUGACGUCUGAUUGGUUAAAAACAUCGACUCUCUGGGAGCUCUCACUUCCUCUCUUUGGUUGUUUCUCUCUUUGGAAAGUAAAAAAUCGAUCCGCUCCGAGUCCUCGGGUUGGUUAUUUGUUCACGGUUUAAGGUUUUAAAUGUUUCUGUUCGUACUAAACAAACUUCCUGUGGACGAGUCGUCUCUAAUGAAAGGUCUCAAAUGUACAUCAGUAUUUACUGUAUGUUUGUCUGUAUGAAUACAUCUGUGAGUGUGAGUGUGUGUGUGUGCGAGUGUGUGCGUCUCUCCUGGGCUUAAUGUCGGUAUCUAAAUUCAUGUGCGGCGGCGUGGUGGUGGUGGCGGUGUGGCGGCGGUGCGGUGGCGGGCGGAUCACAGGCGGAUUGUGUUGGAUUUGAGCUGAAGCCUCUUUAAUCAUCGUAACACCGUCAUUAAUAUUCAUGCAGUCAGCUGGAACACCCCACUCUCUCUGCACCAAACUUUCUGCACAAAAUGUAUUAAAUACAGCUUAAAAAAUUAAUGGAUUUUAGUUUAUAUUACAUGAAGAAGAAGGGGGGAGCACGCCGCCCCCGCCUCCCCCCUCCUCUCCUCAUUGGCUCACACAGAUUGCUCCUCUGAUUGGCCUUUGUAUUUUCCCUUUUUUCUGCAGAUUUUCCAUCUUUGACGAGACUUCAAAGCGAGCGCGAGGCAUGAACGGUCAUUUAGAAGGAUUUAAGCACAUUAUCACAUCUGUAAUUGUACAUGAAUAAUAAGAGGAGCCGCCGCCGCGCUCAAUUAGCUCUGAGUCCACAAUGAGAUCAGAGGAGGGGGGGGCAGAGGACGACAGGAAAUGAGAAAAGUUUCAAAGUGAAGAAAUUAUUCAAUAACUGUUAUAAUAAGACAGAACCAGAACCAGAGGAAACGCUGCCUUCACUGACCCAGGAACAGAGUCCGAUUUAUCAGACUCUGAGAUACAGAGAGCAGAGCAGAAGAGGGCUUAACUCUAACUCUGUUCACAUGUUCUCCUGAGUUCACAAAGUGAGGAGCACAAAGAACAAAAAGGAAUAAAAGAAACAGAGAAAACCCAAAUCUGCCCCAAACCAACUCCUCAUUCCCACCGCAACAUCGAAACAGAAACAGGAUUAAAGUGUGUUAACUUAAAAAGGGCUCGAUAUCAUGGAUACUUGAUCGACAUAAGUACUAUUAUUAGAAAUCAAUUUUUAGGUCUUUUGGUCACAUGACAGUGAAGCUAUUGAAGGAAAACAGCCUUUUCUGAGAACAUCAACCGGUAAUUUAUUGACGGUCCCUUAUUCAACACCCACGUUGACAGUGAGGGUGUCGAGUAGAUUUAACCGCGCUGCUGUUGUUAUUCCCGGUUAUGGAGAGUGAGAAGACACCGGUAGAUCCUCAGAGAAUGUCCGUCAGAUAUCCAACCUGAAACUAACUUCACCGCCGUAUUUACAGGAAAAUAUAUCCAACCUAAAACUAACUUCACCGCCGUAUUUACAGGAAAAUAUAUCCAACCUAAAACUAACUUCACCGCUGUAUUUACAGGAAAAUAUAUCCAACCUGAAACUAACUUCACCGCCGUAUUUACAGGAAAAUAUAUCGCCGAUAAAUCGGACCGGCCCGAACUGUUAACCCUUCAAAGACUGAACUGAAUCUGCUCCACAGUUCAGGGGCGCCGUGGUCCAGGGUUUCCAAAAGAAUACCAGGAACAGUUCUUGGUGGACGGGGAACCUGGACUUCCUUUGACCUGGGUGAAUCGCUCUAAAAAGUCCAGGUACCCCGUCAGCGAAGAACUGGAUCACCCUGACCCGGAUCAACAAGAACCUGAACAGACUCUGAUGAAGAGCGUAAACCUCUGGACUCAGUUCUCGGGGAUUUUGUAGAGGUCAAAGGUCAUCGGCUCAGAAACCUCCUAUAUUUACCUCUAUACCUGUGUGUGUGUGUGUGUGUGUGUGUGUGUGUGUGUGUGUCUCUCCUCUGCACACACACACACACACACACACACACACUCAAACAAACAGCUGACUGAGUGUUUUGUUGCUUACUCUUGACUUAACGAGCGUUUAGCUUGAUUUCUGUUUCUGUUUUAAUUACACCUGAGGAGCUGCGUUCUGAUUGGUCCGUUCCUCAGCGAGAGUCGUUAACCGUCCUUAACGAGGCCUUAACGAGAUAUUAAAGCCGUGUUUGUUCUGCUGAUGAGCUGUAAGCAUUUAGAAAGCCGACGUGACGACAGGAUUAGAGCUCAGUGAUGAUGAACACGGAGACGGGGGAGGAGGGGGGAGACAGGUGAGGGGAGGAGAGCACUUCCUGUUCCUGUGUUUCCAGGUAACCGUCAGUCACGCUCGUCUUUGUUUGGAUGUUUUCAGCUAAUCCCAGAGUGAACGAGGAGCUGCGACAGCGUCUACCUUCACCUGGACGAGAGAGAGGAGGCGGCGGCAGUCCGGACAGGUGAACACAGACACCUGAACACAGACACCUGAACACCUGAACACAGACACCUGAACACAGACACCUGAACACCUGAACACAGACACCUGAACACAGACACCUGAACACAGACACUUGAACACUGACACCUGAACACAGACACCUGAACACUGACACCUGAACACAGACACCUGAACACAGACACCUGAACACAGACACCUGAACACAGACACCUGAACACAGACACCUGAACACAGACACCUGAACACCUGAACACUGACACCUGAACACAGACACCUGAACACCUGAACACAGACACCUGAACACAGACACCUGAACACUGACACCUGAACACAGACACCUGAACACAGACACCUGAACACAGACACCUGAACACAGACACCUGAACACAGACACCUGAACACCUGAACACCUGAACACCUGAACACCUGAACACCUGAACACAGACACCUGAACACUGACACCUGAACACCUGAACACAGACACCUGAACACAGACACCUGAACACAGACACUUGAACACUGACACCUGAACACAGACACCUGAACACUGACACCUGAACACAGACACCUGAACACAGACACCUGAACACAGACACCUGAACACAGACACCUGAACACCUGAACACCUGAACACCUGAACACCUGAACACAGACACCUGAACACAGACACCUGAACACAGACACCUGAACACAGACACCUGAACACCUGAACACAGACACCUGAACACCUGAACACCUGAACACCUGAACACAGACACCUGAACACAGACACCUGAACACAGACACCUGAACACAGACACCUGAACACCUGAACACCUGAACACCUGAACACAGACACCCUCACCUGAACACAGACACCUGAACACCUGAACACAGACUCCUUCUCUUCUCUCCUGCUGUCAGUCUGAAGAUCAGAGCUCAGACCUCUUUAUUCUCCUCCACAGAUCCAGGAUCAGCCGGAGUCUGGACCACAACCAACGUCCUGAAGGUGAGUCUGGACCUCAUUAGAGAGGGGGAGGAGUUUAGUGAUGGACUGAUGACCUCAGAGCGGGUCGAUCGCAGCAAAAACAUGAGAGUCCUGAUGUGUGUGUGUCUGUGUCUCUCUCUCUCCUCCAGCUCCUCAGCACCUCCAGGAGCGUCCCACCUCCUGCUCACCUUCCCCUCUGUCUCACAGGAGGUCCGUCUCCCCCGUCUUCCUCAGGAGGUCCGACUCCCCUGUCUCCCCCGUCCUCCUCAGGAGGUCCGUCUCCCCCGGUGUCUCCCCGGUGUCCCCCCGCCCUCUCGGAGGUGUAGGGGAGUCAGAGAUGGACCUGUCCCCCAGCCCGGACCCGUCUCCUCGGGCGGAGAGCAGAGGAGAUGAUGGAGGACGAACAUCUCGAGGACCUGGGAGUCCGUCUCUGAGGAGACACCUGCUCAGAACUGAAGACAGGUGAGACCUUCUCCACGUCUUCUUCUACCACGGCGGCGUGGUGGGCGUGUCCUCCAGGGUCUCAGACUGGGACAGGAAGUCAAAGACGCUCCUCAGGUGUGAUGAUUAAAGCUUGAAUGAGUGACUCCGCCUCCUCGUCCGCUCCGAUGGCGUCCCUCCCUGUCUCUCCCUCGUUAGCGCGGUCUCCUCGCGGUCUCCGGGUUCAUGAUGAACUUCCUGACUUUGAUUAAACUUUAACCUUCUUCAGACUCGCUCACCCGUGUGGGUUUUUUGAGCGUGUUUCAGAUUUGUGAGUUUUCGCCGUGGCGUGAAAUAUGACCUAUUAAAUUUAGAUUUGAUUUGAUUAUCUGCAGCGACAGAAAUAGACGGGUAGUAAGAGCGAGCAGAGGAGUGUUGAUUAGAGCGGGCGGUAUUAUAAAGUCAGAAACAGUCAAUUAGAGGAGACAGUGUCAGCCGCCGCCGCCGCCGCCGUCUUCCUCUUCUUCUUCUUCUUCUUCAGUGUCUUAUUUACUCGCUUUAUUACGCUAAGAAGCAGCCUGACCUUUAAGGUGAUAUGAGAGAAUUACAGCCCAACAUCACUCGCUGCUUAUUAAAGCAACGCCUCAUAACCCGCCGCUCCGUCUCGGCGCCACGCUCGGAUAAAGUGAGGUUAAAACACCUGACUCCGCUACACACAGGUGACACUCUAAUGAAACACUCUGAGCUGAUGUCAGCAGAUCCUGACCAAUCACAGCCUCUCUGACCACCUGACCACCAGCCUCAAUGGGCUCCUCUGUUUCUGACAAUAAUAUUGAUUAUUGAUCAGUCACACACCGUCACAAAUGUCUUUGAUUGACACGCAAACAGACCUUUAUUUUGGCGGUUUUCCUCUUCUUCCUCUUCCUUUUCUCGGCUCCUGAAGGAUUUGUCCUUUUUUACGACACUGUUACCUGCUCUUUAGACGCUCAGUGACCAUUUCACAGGAGGAGGAACAGGACGGGGGCGGAGCUUAGUCAGAAUCAUCAGCCUAUCAGCAGCAGCACUAACAUGAUUUUAUUUUAUUUUUACAAUAAUUUAUAUUUGAUCAGACAGAAAGAAUCGAUCAAAAUAUCAAAAUUAUUUUAAUUUAUUGUUGUUAUUUUGCUCUUGGGGGCCCCCUACUGGGCACAGGGCUAAGUGGGGGCCAGUAGGGGGCCCCUACUUAGCCGUACUUAAACCGACAGUACACACGACAAACUACACACAUGAACACACUCAGGCGUUAGAAAUACACAAACGUGUUUAACGGCGUUUGUUUCUCUGUUUCCUUCAGUGCUCAGCAGGACGCCACCUCUGGACCAAUCACAGCGCCCGCUCAGGUCCGAGGAUUUGACCGAGACAAGAACGUCUCGUUUUUACUGAAGGAGCUGGACGCUCUCCGAGACCUGAACAAGAAGGUGUGUGUGUCUGUGUGUGUGUGUGUGUGUGUCUGUGUGUGUGUGUGUCUGUGACUGUGUGUGUGUGUGUGUGUGUGUGUGUGUGUGUGUGUGUGUGUGUGUGUGUGUGUGUGUGUGUGUGAGUGUGAGUGUGAGUGUGUGUCUGUGUGUGUGUGAGUGUGUGUGGGAGUGUGUGUCUGUGUGUGUGUGUGUGUGUGUGUGUGUGUGUGUGUGUGUGUGUGUGUGUGUGUGUGUGUGUGUGUGUGUGUGUGUGUGUGUGUGUGUGUGUGUGUGUGUGUGUGUGUGUGUGUGUGUGUGUGUGUGUGUGUGUGUGUGUCUGUGUGUCUGUGUGUGUGUGUGUCUGUGUGUGUGUGUCUGUGUGUGUGUGUGUGUGUGUUUACUCAUGAGGAGGUGGUCCUCACAGGUAUACUAACACCUGUCUGUUUUUCAGCUUCAGGAUCAGCUGGUCCAGAGGGAGAAGGAGCUGCAGAGGAGGGAGGUGGAGGAGGAGCUGCAGGAGGAGCAGAGGGAGGCCCAGAGCUGGGAGAGACCUACAGGUGAGGGGGAGGAAGGAGGAGGAGGAGAGGGAGGAAGGAGAGAGGAAGUGAGGAAGGAAGUAGAGGAAGUGAGGAAGGAAGGAGAGAGGGAGGAGGUGUGUUUCCAGUUUACUCUCCUCUUAAUCAGAUCUGAUCCAACCACGACUUCUUAAAUAUUUGAAUAUUUUUCCUGCACACUGUUUAAUACCAACACACACACACACACACACACACACACACACACACACAGUAAUUAAAACAACAGCAGUGGUUCAGAGGAGGAGGAGGAGAAGGAGGAGGAGGAGGAGGAGGAGGUGACAGUUAACAAGCAGCUGUUAGUUUAACAGAAAUGUGUGUUUAAGCAACGAUCAGACGUGAUAUUGAUUUAACUGAUCUGUGAGUGUGUGUGUGAGUGUGUGUGUGUGUGUGUGAGUGUGUGUGUGUGUGUGUGUGUGUGUGUGUGUGUGUGUGUGUGUGUGAGUUUAAUCCUGCAGGAUUAUCACAGACACACUCGGACUGAUUCAGUUUCUUCAUCUUUUCUAAUAUCAGCUGAUCGAUCACCUGUCAAUCAAAUCAGAUCAAUAACAUUUAUUUACCCCUGAUCAUAAAGACGACGUGUUCUCAACAAAACCACCUCUGACACAUCUGAGGUCAACGUCCAAAAGGUUAGUCACAUGACCAGGGCUGAGAAGGUCACCGGGUUCAGAGACAGACCUGAACGCCAUCCUGUCCGGGUCUGUCUCUGAUGGAGGGUGGGGUCAGAGGUCAGAGGUCAGGGGUCAGGUGGUCAGGUGUGUGAGGGUUCAGGUCGCUGUUUCAGGUGUGAAAAAAGAAACCGACUGUUCUGUGAUGUUAUUGAUGAUCCGUUUCCAUGGUGACCGUUUCUACUUUUAUUUCACUGAGUCUCACAUGAGCGCUGGUCAUUUCUCCGUUAUUACACCUGGACCACUGGACACACUCACACACACACACACACACACAAACACGGACACACGGACACACACACGGACACACACACGGACACACACAGACACACAGACACACACACACACACACACACUCAGCUCUGAUUGGACGAUCAGUCUGAGGAGAAACUGGAACAAAUCAAAGGUUUUAUUGGACACGUUCUCAAACUGCCUCCUCUCCUUGUCACCUUGUCUCCUACUCCCUAUGCCUCCUCAUCCUUAAACUUUCACCUCCUCCUUAUGUCCUUCUCCUCUCUUCCUAGUCUCCUAGCAUCCUAAUUCCUUCCUUGACUCCUCUGUCUUUGCUCCAUAAACCCUGUCAUCUCCUUGUCUCCUUGUCUCCUUAUUGACUCUUCUCACCUUGUGUCCUUCCCUUUGUAUUCUUCCUCUCCUUUUUUCACUUCCUCUUUCUGUUCUCUUAUCUUGCAUCCCCCUCUCCUCUCCUCAUCCUUACCUUGCCUCAUCUCCUCUCCUUGUCACCUUGUCUCCUACUACCUAUGCCUCCUCAUCCUUAAUCUUUCACCUCCUCCCCCUGUCCUUCUCCUCUCUUUUUGUCUCCUUGUAUCCUAAUUCCUUCCUUGACUCCUCAGUCUUUGCUCCAUAAACCAUGUCAUCUCCUUGUCUCCUUGUCUCCUUGUCUCCUCAGCGGUGUUGGAGGAGGUCUUGUCGGCCCAGAGGGACAGGGAUCAGGCUCUGAUGUCACGCCUCCUGCUGGCCAAUGAGGAGAGAGACGAGGCUCUGCUGAGGGCGCGACAACUGCAGCAGGCGGCCGAGUACGACACACACACACACACACACACACACACACACACACACACACAGACACACACACACACACACACACUGUGCUGUUCUGCCCUGACAGAUGCAGGUCACCUCCUCCUCCUCCUCCUCUGUUUCUCUCUCUGAAGAUCAGAGGAGGUUCAGAGGAGGAGUGUUACCCUCUUUUAUAGGAGGUGUGAAGAUCCUCCUAACGCUCUAAAGUGACUCUUUUUUAGGAGUUACCUGGUUAUGAGUGGCGCCCCCUGGUGGUUGUCUGGUUGUCCCUCUGAUCUAACAGAGAGGAGGUCUGGAGGAGGAGAGGAUCAGGCUGCUGUUUGUUUGUUUGUUUGUUUGUUUGUUUGUUUGUUUCAAACACUAACUUCUUAUUUACAUGUUUUCUGGUUUAAUAUGAGGCAGAAAAACGACGAUCCUCCUCUCCUCCUCCUCCUCUUCCUCUUCCUCCUCCUUCUCUCUCUUCCUCCUCUCUCCUCUCUCCUCUUCCUCCUCUCUCCUCCUCCUCUCUUCUCCUCCUCUCUCCUCUUCCUCCUCCUCUCUCUCCUCCUCUCUCCUCUUCCUCCUCCUUCUCUCUCCUCUUCCUCCUCUCUUCCUCCUCCUCUCUCCUCUUCCUCCUCUCUCCUCCUCCUCUCUCCUCUUCCUCCUCCUCCUCUUCAUUAUUCUCCUCCUCGGUCUCGUUAAGAGCUGUGAAACGAGCUCUCGUCCUCCUUGAGGAGCCUCCAAAUAGACCAGAAAAUCUAAUUACAGAUAACCCCCCCCCCCCCUCCUCCUCUCCUCCUCCUCUCUCGCUCCUCCUCCCCCUCCUCCUCCCCCCCAGGAUGAGAGGGUAAUUGAUAUUGGAGGCCACAAUCCUUUUUAUGAGGGACAGAAUAUGGAGGAGCAUGUUCCAUCUGUCAGGACUGAGAGUGUGUGUGUGUGUGUGUGUGUGUGUGUGUGUGUGUGUGUGUGUGUGUGUGUGUGUGUGUGUGUGUGUGUGUGUGUGUGUUUUUCUAAUGGGCAGAGGCGGCCUGUGUUACCUCUGUAAUGUGUGUGUGAAUAAUGUGGAGCUGCUGUUUGUUUUUCUCUCUUUAAGCUCAUUUUAUUUAUCCAACAGGAAACAUCUGCAUUUAUCAAACAGAGCGCCGUCUACACAACACACACGACAUACACCUGAAACACAACAAAAACCAGCAACGAGCGUUCAAAACACACACACAGAAAAACACACAAAAAACACAAAAAUAUAAAAAAAAACACAAACACAAAAAACCCUCAAAAAUCAUAAAAUACAUAAAAAAACACCAACAAGCUUUUAAAACAAAAAAACCUUCAAAAACACACAAAACAAAAACCACCGAGUUUUCAGAACUAAAAAAAUAAAAACAAAAAAAAAAAAACACAAAAAAACAAACAAAAAAAAAGACCAACGAGCUUUCAAAACACAAAAACCCACAAAAAAACAAAACAAAAAACCCUACAAAAACCACCAACAAGCUUUCAGAUCUGGAAUAAACAAAAACCCUAAAAAAACUCAAGGAGCUUUCAGAACAACAACAAAAAAACAAAAACAAUCAUUAAAAAACACAAAAAAUCAAAAACCACCAACAAGCUUUCAAAACAUAAAAAAACACAAAAAACACAACAAUCAUAAAAAUCUUAAAAAAACACAAAAAACACCAACAAACUUUCAAAACUAAAAAGUAAGUGUGAUGAACCACAAAAAAACACAAAUGAGCUUUCAGAAUUAAAAAGAAAAAAUAAACAAAAAAGACACAAAAAAAAACACAAAACCUUUGAGGAGCUUUAAAAAAAACAAAAAAUCCUCCGAUAUUAUCCGGACCCAGAGCUGCAGAAGGACUGCAGAAGGUUCUGGAUCUGCUGGAUCUGCUGCAGUUAUCGUGAAAAAAAGACACUGAUGGAGUUUUAAUCAUGAAUAUAAACAGUGAGUACUCUGAGUAUUCUGUGAGUACUCUGAGUAUUUGCAGUAUAAAUACAUAUAAACAUGUUUGUCUGAUAAAAACUUUCUGAUGACUGUAGAUGUUGUUCCUGAAUUAACAGCUGCAGUUUGUUAGUGUGUGUGUGUGUGUGUGUGUGUGUGUGUGUGUGUGUGUGUGUGUUAAUGACGGUGUUGGUGGUGGUGGUGCGGCGGCGGCGGCGAGCGGAGCGGAGCCGGGCUGAGCCGGCCUGGCUGGGCUGCAGUAAGCAGGGUGUUAGAGGAGCUUUAUUGGAGGCGGCCGGUCUUUCAUUACCUGCUGUUCCCUGCAGAGCGAGCCGCCUCGGCCACCUUAUUACAGUUUAUUACAGAAAAACAGCAGCAGCCGCUAAAUGAAAAGAGCCUCCCAGGAGGAGGAGGAGGAGAGACGGAGCAGCAGCUAGUUACCAGCUCCUCGUCCAGCCCGGCUGAGAGGAGCGGGCCGGAGGAGCGGCUGAGGAGGCUGGAGGAGGAGGAGAGACAGGAAAGGAGAGUUGGAGCCGGACUUCAGGGACGGAGGACAAAAUUACAGCUCAGCUGCUGCUGCUGCAGCUCAGGCCAUCACCGCCACCGCCGCCAUCGCCGCCAUCGCCGCCCAGUUUAAUAUGGUCAGAGAGAGACUGGGGGGGCGGCGAGGGGGCGGCGAGGGGUCACCCCUGAACCCUGAAUAUAAUCACAUCAUACAUACAGAGUCCUAUAAGCUCAGCUGUCAGCCUGAACCUCCGUGUUCAUCAGGUGUGAAGAAGAACUCUGAAUUACCACAAUUUACACCGGAACCAGGAACCGAUCAGGAACCGAUCAGGAACCGCUCCGAUCAGGAACGACUCCGAUCAGGAACCGAUCAGGAACCGAUCAGGAACCGAUCAGGAACCUUCGAUCAGGAACGGUGUCGAUUUUCUGGACUUCAGAGACCAGGCUCUUUUAAAAACCCAAAUCCUCACAGGGACCAACACAGGUCCUCCCAGCCUGCAGGGGGCGCUCUCUCAGACAGGAGGGACGACGGACAGUCCUUCGUUAGAUCAGAUCAUGUCCUCCAUCUUUACAGACAAAGAUUUUAAAUGAACAAACUUCUGAUUUUAUUUAAGAAUAUUUCAAAAUAAAAGAUUUUUAAUUUUUAAAGUUUCUGUUUUUAUCGUCUUUAUUCUCACAAACAGAAAUAUCGCUGGCGUCCGGCUGUAGAGCUGCGCUGUGAUUGGCUGCUGUGACUAAUGUUUCCCUCUCUGUCCGCAGGUUGGACGGUCUUCAGCUGGAGGACACGGACAUGGUAAACUGACUCUGAUCAGUCUGCAGGUUCUGAUUAUUGAUUAUUGAACACUCAUCAGAGUGUCUGUCCUCCAUCAGGACGUGGACCAGCUCCUUCAGAGCGUCUGUGACGCCGAGUCGGUCCAGGAGGUCCAGCAGUUCGGGGCGGUUCUGGUUCAGCGUCUGCAGAUGGCGAGACAACGGAGACACGACAUCACGGCGCAGGAGAUGAAGGCGGUGAUGGAGGAGAGAGACAGCUCCGUCGCCAAGGUCUGUCCUCUCACCUGUCUGUCCUCUCACCUGUCUGUCCUCUCACCUGUCUGUCCUCUUACCUGUCUGCCCUCUCACCUGUCUGUCCUCUCACCUGUCUGUCCUCUCACCUGUCUGUCCUCUUACCUGUCCUCUCACCUGUCUGUCCUCUCACCUGUCUGUCCUCUCACCUGUCUGUCCUCCCACCUGUCUGUCCUCUUACCUGUCUGUCCUCUCACCUGUCUGUCCUCUCACCUGUCUGUCCUCUCCUCUGUCUGUCCUCUCACCUGUCUGUCCUCUCACCUGUCUGUCCUCUUACCUGUCUGUCCUCUCACCUGUCUGUCCUCUUACCUGUCCUCUCACCUGUCUGUCCUCUCACCUGUCUGUCCUCUUACCUGUCUGUCCUCUUACCUGUCUGUCCUCUUACCUGUCCUCUCACCUGUCUGUCCUCUCACCUGUCUGUCCUCUCACCUGUCUGUCCUCUUACCUGUCUGUCCUCCCACCUGUCUGUCCUCUUACCUGUCUGUCCUCUCACCUGUCUGUCCUCUUACCUGUCUGUCCUCCCACCUGUCUGUCCUCUUACCUGUCUGUCCUCUCACCUGUCUGUCCUCUCACCUGUCUGUCCUCUCACCUGUCCUCUCACCUGUCUGUCCUCUCACCUGUCCUCUUACCUGUCCUCUCACCUGUCUGUCCUCUUACCUGUCUGUCCUCUCACCUGUCCUCUCACCUGUCUGUCCUCUCACCUGUCUGUCCUCUCACCUGUCCUCUCACCUGUCUGUCCUCUCACCUGUCUGUCCUCUCACCUCUCACCUGUCCUCUCACCUGUCUGUCCUCUCACCUGUCUGUCCUCUUACCUGUCCUCUCACCUGUCCUCUCACCUGUCUGUCCUCUCACCUGUCUGUCCUCUCACCUGUCCUCUCACCUGUCUGUCCUCUCACCUGUCUGUCCUCUCACCUGUCUGUCCUCUCACCUGUCCUCUCACCUGUCUGUCCUCUCACCUGUCUGUCCUCUCACCUGUCCUCUCACCUGUCUGUCCUCUCACCUGUCUGUCCUCUCACCUGUCCUCUCACCUGUCUGUCCUCUCACCUGUCUGUCCUCUCACCUGUCCUCUUACCUGUCUGUCCUCUCACCUGUCUGUUCUUAAAGGUACAGUACACCUGUAAACCCUGUGUCUCAGGUUUGUCGUUGGAUCAGUGUGAUCGGAGUUUGAUUCAUCAUCCUGCAGCUGUCAGUCAGACACCUGACAGCGUCUCCUCUGUCAUCUGUGCCGUCCUCUAAGCGCUCUGUUUAACCCCGCUGGUGCGGCGGCGUAGCGUGGGCCCGGGUACGGCGGCCCGGUCGGCCCAAACUUGCGAUGUUUUCGUUUUGAAUCUGAACGUGAAAAAAAAAAAACUGCAGAGACAAAUAUUGACAGGAGAGCGAGUCGACCCGACGAGCUGAUGUUUGCUGAACGCUCGCUGUUUAUACACCCGACACACACACACACACACACACACACUCCUCGCUCAGGUGUGUGUGUGUGUGUGUGUGUGUGUGUGUGUGUGUGUGUGUGUGUGUGUGUGUGUGACGACUUCAGCUCUCAGCGUUCCUGCAGGUGUGUCACAGGUAAGACUGCUGGUCAGACGUCAAUCAAUAAUCAAUAAGUGCGGUGAUGUCAGAGAUGAUUAAAAAGUUGGUAGUUUGAAGAAGAAUCUUCCUCCUCCUCCUCCUCCUCCUCCUCCUCCUCCUCCUCGGCGUCUCUCUCCUCUGGAGGCUGAUUAUUAUCGAAGUUCAGCUCACAGAGUUUAUUACCAAAACCUGCAGAGUCCUGGAUUUAUUACCCACAAUUCCUCCUGAUUCAUAUACCGCUCUCUGUGGGAGGAUCAGGGGGAGGGGGGGGGAGUAAAAGGAGCAGAAAUGAAAAAGAUGAGAGGGCUGACUGAUGGAGGGAUGACAGAAAGAGAGAGAGAGGAGAGUGGGAGGGUGAUUGAGGGGGGAGAUGAGAGAGAGAGAGAGGGGGCGGAGCUCCCAGCAGGGCCGUGCUGCAGGUGGCGGCUCAGAAGCUCCGCCCCCCUCCCGAUGUGUCUGAUGGAUCAGAAACUUUCAUCUCUUCUCUCACUGUGACUCCUGUCGCCAUGGUAACCGGGCUGGAAGCAGGACUGCUGCACUCAGAAAACCAUGGCAACGGUUGUCAGGGAGCAGAGGAGGGAGAGGAGAUCUCCGUCAGACACCACCGAACACCUCCUCCACUGUCAGGGGAGAAGAACUUUAGAAAAGAGGAGCAGAAGUUCUGGUUCUGGAGUCUGUGGGUCCUCCUGGUUCUGGUUCUGGUCUGAGUCUCGGUCAGGGUUCCUGUUUCAAACUCUCAGCUGUUGAUUCAGACGAUCAUGAAGGUUUUUACUCCAACAUCUUCACUCCUGUCUGCUCCUCCUGCUCCUCCUCCUGCUCCUCCUCCUCCUCCUCCUCGUUGAUGAAGUAUUUCAGGUAGAUGAUGUUUAGCUGUCGUCAUGGAAACUCAGACAGGAAGCUGUUAGAAAACUAUCUGACCUCUGACCUCUGAGAGGGUCAAGUUCAGGUGUCGACCUGCACAGGUAAACAGUCCUCCUCAGACCUCCUCAGACCCCCUCAGUCCUCCUCAGUCCUCCUCAGACCCCCUCAGUCCUCCUCAGUCCUCCUCAGACCUCCUCAGACCCCCUCAGACCCCCUCAGUCCCCCUCAGACCUCCUCAGACCCCCUCAGUCCUCCUCAGACCUCCUCAGUCCUCCUCAGUCCUCCUCAGUCCUCCUCAGUCCUCCUCAGACCCCCUCAGUCCUCCUCAGACCUCCUCAGACCCCCUCACCAGACCUUCAAACCCGCGUCACCACCUCUGUUCCUCCAUCUUUACGUCCUUUGACCCCCACCCGCCGUCGCCGCUGUAACGGCGCCCGCCUCCAUUAACCCCACAAAACUCACCGCCAUAUCCGCAUCAACCAUCCCACCGCCACUAACCCCCGCCAAUAUCGCCUCUCCGCCAUCUUUUAACACCCCGCCCCUCUGCGUUAACACCACCCCUCCACGGUAACACCUUAAUCCCGCCCUCGCUCUGCCGCCGCCGCGCGCUGAAAUAUGUUUCAAAUGCCGCCAUAAUCCUCGGAGGAGAAGAAGAAGAGAGAGAGCACUCCACGCUGGAGGAUUCCUCUCCUCCCCCCCGCCGCUCGCCGAUCCCUCGCUCCCUCUCCUCAUCUCUCAGGGAUUAUCUCCUCGCCGCAGCCGGGACUUCUGGGAAAUAUUAGAAAAGUGUGUGUGUGUGGGGGGGGCGGCGCUCUCAGCUGCCUCUGUAUUGAGUUAAUAUCAGGUAAUUAGAGGUUAUUAGAGGUCGUUACAGCUCACCUGGACGCCGCUCACCUGGACGCCGCUCACCUGGACGGUUGUCGGUUUGAUUCCCAGAGGCAGAGCCAUCUUUAAAGGAACAGUACGCUGUUUUUAUAAACAACACAAACAGCUGGAGGCGGAGCUUUAAACUCACCCUCAGUCAGAGAAGCUCUCUGAUUGGUCAGCUUCAUCGGAGAUGGCGUCGUGUUAGCGGCGACCAAUCAGAGCAGCUCAAAGUGACCCGUCAUUUUCAACCAUGACUGUUGAUUCUCUUCAACCAUCAGUUCAUCAGUUCAUCAUCACUAGACGGACACACAUCCAUCCAUAUUUCAUUCAUCACUAAACCAAUCGAUCUAUAAUCGAUCAUCAUUCAUUCAUCUGCCCAUCAUCUGUCCUUCCUUCUAUCGAUUCUGGAUUAAUUAAAUUCAUCCCUUCACUCAUCAUCCGUCCAUCAUGAGUCCAUCUCUCCAUCCAUCACUUCAUUCAUCUUCAUUCACCAUUUCAUCUUCUGUAUUCUUUCCUUCCUUGUGUCCUUCCUCCCUUCAUUGUGUCCUUCCUCCCUCCCUUUCCCCAUUCACCCUUCCUCCCUUCUUUCCUUCCUUGUGUCCUUCCUCCCUUCCUUCCUUCCCUGUGUCCUUCCUUCCUUCCUCCCUUCAUUGUGUCCUUCCUCCCUCCCUUUCCCCAUUCUCCCUUCCUCCCUUCUUUCCUUCCUUGUGUCCUUCCUCCCUUCCUUCCUUCCCUGUGUCCUUCCUUCCUUCCUCCCUUCAUUGUGUCCUUCCUCCCUCCCUUUCCCCAUUCUCCCUUCCUCCCUUCUUUCCUUCCUUGUGUCCUUCCUCCCUUCCUUCCUUCCUUGUGUCCUUCCUCCCUUCCCUCCUUCCUUGUGUCCUUCCUCCAUCUGUUAAGUUGACGUUGAUCUAAAGAUGAUCAUUAAUUAUUGAUCACACAAAGGUUUACCUGAACAGGUGAGAGCUGAUCUUAUUGACCCUUUAUUGAUCAUAACUGUAAACACAUCAUGGUCAUGUGACUCUGAUUUAAUGACUCACAAACACAAACUCAAACAAACAAACAAACGUGUGAAUCCUGAUGAAUCUGUUAUUCUUAUUCACACAAUAGACCACGCCCCAUUCUGCCAUUCUGACCACUCCCCUUAUGACCACUCCCCAUUCUGACUCCGCCUCCUGGUUCAUAAACAAACUGAUAAAUCGUGAAAUCAGUCGCCUGUACCUGUAACACCUGCGGUGACAUCACCACCUGUGUACGAGACUGAUCACAUGACCACAUACGGCGUCUGAUCACAUGACCACAUACGGCGUCUGAGCCGAGCUGUCAAUCAAAACCAAAGAAUGUUUUUCCAUCUGUUAAAAGAGUUCAGAGAGAAAUCUGCUCAAGUUUACACUGUCAACACACACACACACACACACACACACACACUGUCAACACACACACACUGAACACACACACACACUGAACACACACACACACACACACACACACACACACACACACACAGACUGUACAAACAGGAAUCAGUCUUGUGUCCAUCAACAGUCUGUCUGCAUGAGGAUAUCCCUACAUCCUCUAAACACACACACACACACACACUCUCACACACACACACACACACAGACAGACAUACACACACUCUCUCACACACACACACUGACACACACUCUUGGUCCAGUGAAGCAGACUCCUCCAAAUGGUAAAAAGAAACAGUGGUUGUUUGAUUUAGUGCUGUUCUGUGAUUGGUUGGGCAGUCUGAAGUGGGCGGAGUCACAGCUCUCUAUGAUGUCAGGUCUGUGUUGUGGAUCCGGUCAGACUCUGAGUGUCCUGGUGGGUUUUUAGAUGUUCUGAGCAGGUCUGAGUCGGUUUGGUUCGGUUUGACUUGAAGAAGGCGGUUUCUCAGCUGCUGAUUGGUGCAGGAGCUCCAAGCUCCUCCCCCCUGUGCUCAGCUGGACUCUGUGUCUAAAUAAAACCAGUACCUGAAGUCCAUUACCUGCUCAGAUCCAGACCCCUGUGAGAUCCCCUCUGUUCAAAGGUCCCAGUAUGACCAGUUUACACCGUCCCACGUCUUCUGAUUGGACACCAGGCCCAUCAAUCUGAUCAGAAAGGGGCGGAACCAGGCACACGACCUGGUUUGUGUCUCUGCAGUGUAAAUGUCUGGAACAGGAUCUGAUCCAGGAGAGAGAGCGGAGGGCGAGCCAGGUACACACACACACACACACACACACUCUGCAUACUAAGUGCUGCUCUCUGUGUUGAAUGGUGAUGAUGGGAUGUCUGCUUUGUUGUCAUGACAACCUGUCAGGGGGACACUGCAGCUUGUUUGCCAACAACUUGUUAUUCAAACAGGGUGUGUGUGUGUGUGUGUUUGUGUUCGUGUGUGUGUGUGUGUGUGUGUCUGUCUACCUCUAUAAGGACCUUGUUCUGUUGUAAAUCAGGCGUUUUCAAGACUCCAAAUAAACAUGAAACAGUUCAAAGGUGCAGUUCGCAGAGUUCAGUGUCUCUAAAAUAAUAAUAAUAAUAAUAUUAAUAAUAAUAAUAAUGAUAAUAAUAAUAAUAAUAAUAAUAAUAAUAAUAAUAAUAAUAAUAAUGAUGAUAAUAAUAAUAAUAAUAAUAAUAAUAAUAAUAAUAAUGAUGAUGAUGAUGAUGAUGAUGAUGAUGAUGAUAAUAAUAAUAAUAAUAAUAUUCACGGUUCCUAAAUGAAAAUAAAACUCUUUAGAGAAGAAGAGUCGGGGGGGUUGUCGUGUUCGUGUUCAUGGACAGUUUUGGUAUGUGAUAUAAUAAUGUCCUCAAAGGCCACCGUCACCUCUGGAGUUCAGGUUGAAACUAUAAUGUUUGAGGAGGUCUGAUGUCGGUCACAUGACCUGAAACACUCUCAUCACCUCCUGGUCGUCCAGCGUUAGUGUGACUGAACUGAGCUCGUCAUGAGAACACAUGGAGACUCUGAGGGUCACAUGACUGUAGAAUGUAAACAUGCACACAGGUCCAGACACUGCUACCAUCUCAGAACCCUGAACAGAACAGCAGAACCACCUGAUCCGACUGACAGGAACUAGGAUUCAGACUCAGGGGGGCGGGGUCUGUGAUGAUCCGGACCAGAACAGGACGGAGUCACAAACUGACGUCAGGAUGUCGUUUCAAACUUAGUGAUGGAAGAUCAGUUCUUCUGACUGAAUCUUUAGAAUCAUUAAAAGGAUUCGUUUAAAAGAUUCGUUCACUGAAUCAGUCAGUUCUUCUGAGACCCGUCCUGUCGCUGCAGAACACCAGUGAGUGACACAGCGGCGAGUUUGUUCAUUAGCCCCUCCCCUGCUGCUGAAGUCACAGCGUCGUUCUCUGGGUGACUCGUGUCGUUCAUUCGCCAAGUCCUGAAGGAAGAAUCACUCCCCUGCCCUGAAAAACUCACCUCUCCGUGUGUCGCCGUCUGUCGGCGGGAACAACACAGCAGCGAGCAGCACGCCACUAAACGAGCGCGAGUGUAUUUGUGUAUUAAUGUAAAGGCGCUGUAAUGACCUGUUUUAUCAACCAACCGCUGCUCAGCAGGAAGUGAACGACGCUACACCCCUCCCUCCUCCGCCUCACAGUCUGACUGAUUCAUGUCGUUCAUUCGCUCUGAGUGAAUCACGAGACUCCGCCCACCCACUCGCUGGCCGGCUGUGUGUCAUUCGCCAAAGAGUCAAAGGCGACAGUUCCACUCCCGACCGCCACGCCGAGCUGAGCUCAGCUGACCUGAGUAGUGAACGGAUCAGGUCUGAGAGUGACUCGGUUCAGGUGGUUGACUCGGCGGUUCUCUCCUUCCUGUUUCGUCUCACAGAUCGUGUUUCUCUUCUUUCUUCUUCUCUAGAAUCUCCAUCUGUAAUCGAGUCCCUCUCUGCCGGCGGGUUUGUGUCCCCGGUCUCAGUAGAUCCAGUCAAAUCUUCAGUGGAGUCUGUCGUCUGUCCCCCCCCCUCGCCGCCGCCGCUCGCUCUGCCUCCACAUUUAUUAAAUUUUGUUAUUAAUGUAGCACUCGCUCUUUUUUCCGCUCUGAAUCUGUUAAUUAGGCCUGAGGGCUCCCGAGGAUUAGAGCCCAGAGAGCUUUUUAAUUUCCAACAGAAACACCGACAGCUGCCCGCAGAUCCACCAGCAGACUGUCAGAGAGACCGCCGCCACGGGGGGCGGGUUCAGCCCCAGACCGGGACCAGGGACCGGGACCAGGGACCGGGACCAGGGACCGGGAGCUCCAGAACAGUCCAAGACAUUAAACAAGGAACUUUAAACCAGGACCAGAGACCUAAUCUAAGAUACCAGGUCCUGGCUGACCCAGCAGGUCUGAAGGUCUCAUAGAGUCUGACGAUUCGGACCGUGUUUCUGAGCCCCGUCCUGGUCUCUGGUCCCCUCUGAAUCAGGACUACAGAGACCCAGAUAGACUCUUUAAAAGAAACUACAAUGUUGACAAGGAACCAAAGUUUAAAACCGGACUAAAACAGAUCCACGUGGACCAGAAACUGAGACCACCACAGGGUUAAAGUGUAUUUACUGUGAAACAGAGACCCUCAAAGACUCCGUUUACAAUAACAGUGAACCUGAGACGCUCUGAGACCCUCAGUUUACAGUGAACCUGAGACCCUCUGAGACCCUCUGAGACCCUCUUAGACCCUCUGAGACCCUCAGUUUACAGUGAACCUGAGACCCUCAAAGACUCAGUUUACAGUGAAGCUGAGACCCUCUUAGACCCUCAGUUUACAGUGAAGCUGAGACCCCCUGAGACCCUCUGAGACCCUCUGAGACCCCCAGUUUACAGUGAAGCUGAGACCCUCUGUGUGAGGAUUGUGUUCCUGUUUUUGUUGAUAAGUUCAUUCUGAUCAGUCUGUACUCGGACAGACUGAAUAAACGAUCACAGAGCUCAUCAAACACUCAGACUUCAGUCAGCUGAUGGGGGGGGGGCAGAUUUUGGGGCUAAUUUGAAGUGGACUGACCUUUGAACUCCUCCUGGUAAAGGUCAGAGGAGGUCUCUUUCAUUUACUCCUUUUCUGCUCUCACCUCCUCAUCCUGAACCCCCCCCCCCCCCCAUGCUAAUUAAAGCUUCGUCUCCUCCCCCUCCUCACCCGCUCUUCCUCACCUCUUUAUCCUGGAGGACCUAGGUCAGGUUGGUUUUAUUACCUCCUCCUCCCCCCCUCAUUGGUUGACCUUAACUCCUCAUGUUAAAGGUCGGCUGGCGUCGGCGCCGCGGCGUGCUCAUCAUCUCAUUUGGAAAUUAUUCUGAUUAAUAAGUCGGCGGUUCGUUUGAAGCGUCUCCUCCGGCCCGGCUGGAGAAGUCACAUAUUGACUCUCCGGGUUUGGUUUCUCUUUUGAAGUCUCUUUUUCAACCCGCAGACCUUCAGGGCUUUAAUUAGCAUGAGGAGGAGGAGGAGGAGGAGGAGGAGAGGAGGAGGAGGAGAGGGAGGUCAGGAUCAGGUCUGUCUGUCAGGAGUCCACCUCCACACUUUUUGACCGCAGAUAGAGUCACAGAGUCCUGGAACUGUCGGCCUGGAGGUCCAGGGGAGGAGGUGAGGAGAACGGGAGGAGGAGGUGAGGAGACUAGAGGAGGAGACUAAGGGAGGCAGGUUAAAGGUCAGGCUUUGACUCUAACUUUGUUCUCCUGAGUUAAAGAGUAAGGAGCACAAAGAACUUUAGAGGAUCAAUGAAAACUGAUCAAUAAUGUUUGUCUUAUUGAUCGACCUUAGUACUAUUAUUAGAAAUCAAUUUUAGGUCUUUUGGUCACAUGACAGUGAAGCUAUUGAAGGAAAACAGCCUUUUCUGAGAACAUCAACAGGUAAUUUAUUGACGGUCCCUUAUUCAACACCGACGUUGACAGUGAGGGUGUCGAGUAGAUUUAACCGCGCUGCUGUUGUUAUUCCCGGUUAUGGAGAGUGAGUAAAAAAGUAAAAAGAAAAAGUAAAAAAUUAAAAAAUAAAUAAUUGAAUAAAUAAAAUAAAAUAAUUAAAUUAAAAUUUAAAUAUAAAAAAUAAAUAAUUAAAUUAAAUAAUGAAUAAAUUAAUAAAAUAAAUAAAUAAAUAAAAUUAAUAAAUUAAUAAAAUAAAUAAAUAAAUAAAAUUAAUAAAUUAAUAAAAUAAAUAAAUAAAUAAAAUUAAUAAAUUAAUAAAAUAAAUAAAUAAAUAAAAUAAUUUUGUGCUGAAAUGUCCCUUUAAACUGAACAGCAGGUUUAAACCGGUUCACAGACUCUGACACUCCUUCAAACUUCAUUAAGACUAAUUUAACCCUUUACUGCCCCCCCAUCUCUGUUUUUACCCAGAAUGCACCUGUAGCUGGAGUCUGUAAAUAGAGGCUGAUAUAAAUUAAUCUCUCAUUAUGAAGAGUGUUGACACUCGUGUUCCUUAAUGAGCUCGUUAGUUCAUUAAUCCUUUAUUUAAACAGACUGACUCCUCAGAUCAACUUCCUGCUCCCUCUCUGCACACGUGCAGAAACACACAUGUGACUGAGGAUCAGGUUAUCAAUGCAGAGGAUUGAUUAUGGACUCAAUGAUUGACAGGCCUGGUAGCCAAUAAUAGAAGACGAUCUGACUGAGACCCUUCAUCAUCAUCAUCAUCAUCAUCAUCAUCAUCAUCAUUAUCACACAGAGCUCGAUUCGUCAUGUCUGCUUUGCAUUUAAAAGAGUUACAAUGUUUGUUUCAACCAAUCAGGAGGAGCUUCUGCGACUUCAGCGAGAAAAAGGCGGAGCUUUGGAAGGAAGGCAGCAGUUGGAGGCGGAGCUACAGGAGCUGAGAGCCAAUCAAAGGUCUGUUUUUAAGAAGCAGUAAAACUGUUUUUUUUUAAAUGUUAACCUGAGAGGUUACCAUGGCAACGCUGUGGUGAUGAAGGAGGAGUUACAAAGCUCCUCCUCUCCUCCUCCUCCUUCUCCUGUCUCCUCCUCUCCCUGUUCUCCUCUCUCCCAUUCUCUCCUCUCCUCUCUCCUCCUCUCCUCUCUCCUCCUCCUCCUCCUUUCUCCUCCUCUCCCUCCUCUCUCCUCCUCUCCUCCUGCAGUAUUUUGGACCUUCUUUGAGGAGGUGUAGUUCUUGUUCAGGUGAGGAGGAGGAGGAGUUUCAGAGGGAGGACCAGGUGUGGAGGUCUGGACCCUCGGGGUGUUCUUCAGGAUCUCUUCAGGUCCAGGUCUUUGUCCUGCUCAGUUCUCUGGUCUGUUUGAGGUUCUGGUGGUUCUGGUGGUUCUGGUGGUUGUGGUGGUUGUGGUGGUUCUGUGGAUCAGAGCUCGGUGUCGCUCCGUCAGGUGACGGCGUCGCUCUGAGUCUCAGCUGAUGUUCGUGGAUCAGCGAUAAACUCGGAAACGUUCCUGAUGUUCGUGGAUCUGGAUCAAACCGGGUCUCCUUGGUGGUUUUUGAUUUAUCU